AUCAUCCACUAUCCGGGGAGAGAAUUUGGGAUUUUGUUCCAGGAAAGGAUCGCGGAGACCCAUUCCUCAUAUCCUGUAACCGCACAGGACAUUCCGAAGUCGUGUACAUAUCUACUCAUCGCGAAUUGACUAACAUACUACUACUGCUACUACUUCUCUCGAACGAACCCGAAUACCCUCACCACCAUACCACCAGAUACACACACCUACACCAGACACAAUGUCAGAGUCGAAUUACCCCCCUCCUGCAGAUACGCAGAAACACCUCUUUAUCCAUCAACAACAACCCGCUACAGCCUCCUCUUCCACUACCCAACCAGCAGCAGCAACAGCAGGAACAAAAGAUGACUCCGUCCCCGCGGGCAUGACCAAACUCCCCAACGGCGUCAUCCUCGACAAAGACGGGAAACCAUGCCGUCUCUGCACCUCCGCCGCCUCCUGGCGCGCCCUAACCAAACAAGCCAAAUCGACCCCCACCACCAAUCCCUCCACCCAAACACCAGCAACAACAACAACCACCACCCCAGCCACCUACACCGACUGUCCUCCCGACUCCGAAGCCCUGGGCCGCUCCACCUGGACCUUUCUCCACUCCCUCACAGCCUCAUACCCGGUACAGGCCUCCAGCGAACAACAAUCCGAGAUGCGGACCUUCCUGGGGAUCUUUUCGCGGUUGUAUCCGUGCUGGGUAUGUGCGGAUGAUUUCCGGAAUUGGAUGGCGGAGCCGAGCGGCGCGAAUGAGCCGCGGUUGAAGGGGCGGCAGGAGUUUGGGGAUUGGAUGUGUAGGGCGCAUAAUGAGGUGAAUCGGAAACUGGGCAAGAAGGAGUUUGAUUGUCGGCUUUGGGAGGAGAGGUGGAGGACGGGGUGGAAGGAUGGGAGGUGUGAUUAAUUGGUAUCACUCUUGCGGUUUGGGGGUAUGGAUAGGUGGUGGUUAUUAGGGGGGACUGUAUGAAUAUAUGUUGGAUAGAUAUAGACUUGAGAUCUUGGGGUUGUAUUGGAUGAUGUACUAUAACUGAUCUCUACUCUGCAUUGGCAUCAAGCGUGAACCACAUCAAUACUAUCUCACCUCU